GGGGAGUGGUCUGGUGUAAUUGGAAGCAAUUGGGAGUCCUGUUAGAGUGCCAUGACCUUUCACAACACUUACGCUGUCGAGCAGGAUAGCAUGGAGCACACCUCACUCUGGGGAAUUAUUUUGCUCAGUGCUCUCACCUGCUAUGGACAAAGCCAAGAGCCACCCAGAGCUGUUUUAACUCUGCAGCCUAAACGGACACCGACAGGGAUAUACCAAGGAGAGACCGUCACUCUCCGAUGUGACAUACAGGAGGACGGAGUCACUGACUGGGAGUACCGAUGGUACAGAAGUCUUUACGGCCUCGUUUACUCCUCUAGUCAGAACGAAUGCAGUCUUAGUCCUGUUGAACUGUCUCAUAAUGGUGUCUACAGCUGUAUGGGAGUACGGAGGAGUAACUCCCAGAAGUCCAGUAUCAGUGAAGACGUCACACUGACCGUGUCAUGGAUGGCUUCUCCUCACCUGACCAUGUCUCCUUCAUGGUGGGCGAAUGCUGGCGACUCGGUAACGYUGAGCUGUGAGGUUGGAGAUUCGUCUACAGGCUGGAGGUUCUCCUGGUACAAGGCUGUACCCUACAGGGAAGGGCUCCCCUCUUAUCCRGACAAGGACUUCUUUCCAGAGCUGCUACCGGACAGUGAUAGUGGGGCUGGAGGCGCCUACUCUCUCAGCCUGGUUGGUCUGAAUCAUAGAGMGAGAUAUGUGUGUAGAGCUGAGAGAGGAGACCCAGUCUAUUACACAGACUUCAGUGAACUSAAGUUUCUCUGGGUAGAAGGUCGGUCUCCUUCAGCCUUUCUGACUGUCAGUCCCAACAGAGUUCAGUUUUUUUACAAUGAGUCUGUCUCGCUGGGGUGUGCGGUGCAGGGGGACUCUAAUAGAUGGAGAGUGAAGAGGUACUUACGAUGGGAAGAACCCAAAGUAUUAGAGUGUCCUACUGACUGGGGAUCAGUGACAGGAUCCACAUGCAUCUUCACAACUACAGAUGUCUGGUCAGACACUGGAGUGUACUGGUGUGAGUCUGAGUCAGGAGAGUACAGUAAUGCCGUCAACAUCACAGUGACCCUUAAGGGUGUGGCCCUGGAAAGCCCUGCCCUUCCUGUGACUGAGGGAGAUUCUGUGACUCUACGCUGCAGAUAUCAGGGGACCCCAUCAAACCUCAGUACUGAGUUUCAUAAAUGGAUGGACAACGGCUACCUCACUAAGACUGAGCUAACAGGAGAGAUGACCAUCCCUGCAGCAACACAGUCAGAUGAAGGAUGGUACCGGUGUAAACAACUAGACCAGGGAGAAUCACAUGGGAGCUGGGUGUCUGUGAGAGCUCCAGACCCAGUGUGGCCCAUCUCUUUGCUCAUUCUGCUGUGUAGUUUACUGGUGGUUUCUAUCUUCCUGCUGGUGACCAUUGCACUGGUGGUGAAAUGCUGCAGAGCUCGAGCAGCUCGAUCAAGAGACAAGAGAAAUGACAGAAACGCCACUGACCAAGUCAUCAGUAUUGAAUUAACAUGAGAGAUGGGGGGGCUGACCAAGUGAUCUGUAAUUAACAUGAGACGAAGCUGCACUUCCAUCUUCACCUACAUGUGUUCAAUAUGCAUGUUCGAGCUUUGAGUAAGACAUUUUAUUUUAUUUUUUAUAAAUGAAUGUGGACAUGCAAUAUUGGAUUUUCAAUGACCGAGMCAGAUAUGAAAUGAAGGGUAGACACAAAGUAGGGCUAGGUGCMAGCAUUCGUACCCACGCAGCAUGGGAAUAUGCUGUGAUGGUAACCAGGAAGACCUCAAGAAGACUACUGUACUCCCUCACCCUUGUAGUUUUUCAACUUUUGUAAUUUAUUUUAAUGGUCUUCAAUGGGCAAAAACUAAAUAAAAUGCAUCUGGUAGAAGUAUAUUCAACCACAUUAUUUUACAUUUAUAUUAAAUGCGUUUUCAUGAAUUUGAUGAUAUUAUUAUCUUGAAGCCGUUCAGUACACAUGGGACAUGAUAGGAAAGUAAAAAGGAAGUUACUUCCACAUUGGAUUGUAUAUGUGCCACCCUCUACCACACGUAAGACCUUUUCUAUUAUUUWUAUUCAUUUAAUUUUUUUAAAUUUAAUUGAUGGGUUUCUUUUAAUAAAUAUUCAGGCUGUAGGUCUUUCCAUGAUACUAUAACAUAACCCUACAAACUGUAAAAUGUUGUAAAAUCUAUUUGUCAUAAAUAUCAGUCUAUAUGGAUUGCCAACUUUUCUUGGUUUUAAUGUACCUUUUGUUUUAGAGUGACAGGAGCUGUGGAAUU